CCUGGUUGUAGGAAUAGAAAACAGCUCAUACCUCCACUCCACUAGGUCGCGAUAGUCCUGUGUGAUCUACCUCAUAUCUGCGCAACAAACCACAGAAGAAGACUCGUCUCUAGGAUACAGAGGAAGCGUUGCUGUCGGGCUGAUGGGUGUGGGGAUGCUGCAGGUGGAGCAUCUUAACCUGGAUCGACAUGUUCUGCAGACUGUGUGCGCGUUGGAGUCAGUCGUUCUCCGGAGUUUUGGCCCUGAAGGAGGACAGGUGCUGUUCACCCGAGACACGGGACAGGCAAUGUUGAGCCGCAGUGGGACUCGCAUUCUCACUGCGCUACGACUGGAGCAUCCACUGGCCAGGAUGGUGGUGGAGUGUGUCUUGAAACACAGCACUGCAACAGGCGAUGGAUCCAAGACCUUUAUCCUUCUGCUGGCGUCAUUACUACGGAUGAUUCAUACAACAGCCUGCAAGGAGCCUAAUGUGUCUCACACCUAUAACUCCAGGGAAGCGGCAGAGGCGGCCACUGCCAGGCGCUUGGCUGACGAAAUGCUGGCAUUUGUGUUGGAGGAGCUGGAUGAUCUCAUUGCCAUUGGAGUGGUCCCGUAUGGAUGCUGUCUUUCGUGGGAGGAUUUCUCUGCAAAAACACAAUCGCCAGCACACACAAACAAUGUUCAAAAGCUGCUGGCAUCAUUCUUUCAUACACGUCUGGGUCAAACCCACUGUGACUUCAUUAGCAACCUCACCUGUGAACUGCUCACUCACUGGAAGUUUAAAGAUUACCUACCUUCCUCAUCACUUCAGUUUGUAAACGACAACUUUGCUGCCUUGCAUACACCUGUAUCAGGCUUCCCUAUUAGUUGUUCACGUUUAAUUGAGGGGCAGGUCAUUCACAGGGACUUUGCUACGCCCUACCGUCAGACUGACCACCAGCCAGUUAAAGCUGUUGUUUUCACUGGGUACCUGCAGCCAAAAUUGCUCAGCGCAGGAGAAGUGCUAGAGCUUGGAUGUGGAGAGCAAGGGAUGGAGGAGAAUUCAAGGAAGGAAAGAAGUAUUGUGCAGUUUAGCGCCUGGGCAGAAAGGUCACUAGAGUGUGUCAUUGCACACCUGCAGAGUUUGGGCGUCUCUGUGCUCCUGUCUGCUGUGAAACAGUCCGCUGCUGUCCUGGCUUUAGCUGCUCAGGCAGAGGUGUGCAUCGUGGAGUGUGUCAGUGAAGAUGAGCUGUCUCUCUUUGCCCAGCUAAGUGGGGCCACACCUGUCUACAACUGCUGGGUGAUUGAACCGGAGCACGUUGCUACACUGACCUUUUGCAGACCGAUACUGCUGGGAGCCCACAGGUAUGUCCAUGUGGCUUUCCAUGAUUCAGAGGAAAGGGUCAUGAUCAAACCCUGUAGUCUGGUCAUUUGUGGCCCAGGAGAAGGGCAAACUGACCAGUAUGCAUGUGCGUUUCAAGAUGCCAUCCGCAUGCUACUUUCAACUUGGGAGCCCAUGAGUAUGACUGCAACUACAGCAUCAAAGAAAAGCACAUUUUUACACACGGAGAGUCAGAUCCCCAAUGCGCCUCCCCUCCAGCAGGGUGUGUUGGAGCCAGGCUGUGUUAUACCUGCUGAUGGAACAUUUGAGUUUCUCUUAAACUAUGCCCUCGUACAACAUCACAGCAGUCGCUCAGUCUCUGGUGUCCCUGCGGUGUCCCAGCUCUUGGCAAAAGCUCUACUGAGCGUGCCCCGACAGAUUUACUCCCACAGUCCGCGACGUUUCCUGCAGACUCAAACCAGACUCCUGAGUUUUAUUCAAAAUCAUUCCCACCCUUUCAGCCUGGUAUACAAACAAGUUGAAUGCCCUCGAGAGGAGAGUAAACUAACCAAGCAUUGUUGCAGAGGAGCUGACGUGUCAUCCAAAGUUUUUAUGUCGGACUCGGGCCUUGAAUCUGUCUCCUGUAAAUACCAGCUACUUUUGGCCGUGCUGCAGUGCGUUUCAAGUCUUCUCCGCGUGGACACCGUGCUGCACACGCACACUGCCGUACACACUCAGUCACGCAGACUUGCAAACAUUUCCUGGGAGGGCACAGAGGACGAGGCUGAAGACUGAGAUUGUAUUGUGUCCCAAGAUGAAAGCCGUAAACAUAUUCUUUUUCAGUACUUACUCAGCUAUCAGGAGAAAAUAAUUAACAUUUCAUUGCAGGCUGCUACAUUUCUUUUGUAUGGCCACAGUAUUUUUUAUUUUUGUAUUUAUUCAUUUCCCUCACUACAAUAGAUUUGUGAUGCAUAUAUUUGUAAUGCAAGUUUAUACUUCCACUGAGAUAGUAAACUACAUUUCAUGGCAGUGCUGUUGUGUAGUGCAGUUUAUAGGCCAAUAAAAUGUUACGGUGGUUCUGUACCAACCCGUCCUGAAUCAAAGCUAGGUUUGGCAAUAACAGUAAAAAUGAGACUUAGUGCUGAUCUCUGUAUAGCACAGAAUGUGCAGUUGUUAUCCAAUAAUUUAGUCUUUAUCCACUGCGUUAAUGUGAAGUAGUGUGACUGAGUAAAUGUUGAUGUUGGCCUCUUUC